AUGCAGCGAGCGCAGUCUGGCCUGGCGUAUCUUCUUGACCUCGGUGCGAAUCCCUUCGCCAAUGAUGACAUGGGCGUGUCCGUUUCCGAAGCGGCCUAUUUGGACACGGAUUAUGGAACCAGUCGUAUGGGAGACGUGUGGGAUGCUGUACUGGCGGAUUUUGGGUUCGGCGUUGCCGAUUUUCGCCGGGAACACCCCCGUGUGGCUCGCUACUGCUGGUUUUAUACCAGGCGCGACUUUGAAAAACUUUGGGUUGGGCAAGAACAUCUCUGCCCGUAUUAUAACGACGACGAGGAGAUUUGGAUCACCCUGAAAGGAUCUGGGCACGAUACAGAAAGUGCAUCCGAUGAAUCGUCGGAUUCAGACGACGGUGGAGCAAGCAUGCUAUAA